AUGGAUCCUUCGGUGAUAUUUAUAUCGAAUCUUUUGCUCUGGUCUCGUAAGUGAAAUAUAUUUUUAAUCACUUUUUGAACGAGUGAAUUUUCAUUCUCUUUCUCAUAGGUUUAUUCAUCGCAAUGGAUGCCUUGCCAACCUUAGGUUACGUUGUAAGUUAAAUUUUAAGCUGAUUUAAGUCAACUGAUCAAAAUUUAACUUUUCAAUGGAAUUAAUUAAAACACUUGCUCGACAGGAUCGACAUCGUUUAGAAACGUACGAAGACCUGUCUGGGGAGGAGGACGACCUGGACAUUUUUAAUAAUCUUACAUUCCGAUUUUCCUGCGAGAACAAACCGAUUGGUUUGUACGCUGAUUUGGACUAUGAUUGUCGAAUUUUCCACGCGUGUGACGACGCGGGGAAUGGUUUCCCCGUCAUUUGUCCAAACAACACGCUGUUCGAUCAAAGGGAACGAGUCUGCAGUGACGAAGAACACACUGAUUGCGAACGUGCAAGCGAAUGGUUCUAUUUAAACGAGUUACCAUUCUCUGUGCAAGUGACAGAAGAAAAUCACACACAGUCGGAGGACGUGGAAGUGCCUUCUGUGUUGCCGCUUCUGUUGUCGUGA